AUGUCGUCGCUCGUUUCACCCCCUACCUCGCCUGAGUCGCCGUCGCGCACGUUCCACAAGCAGUCGCUGUCCAACUUGAAGCCCUUGAAGCACAAGGACAAGUCGAAGGGCCCGCCGCCUGGCGAAUCGCCGAGAAGACCAGCGACCGCCGGCGGAGCAGGCACGAAGCACCGCGAGCUGGACCGACCUCUUCCUCCUGUGCCAUCCCUACCUCAUAAUCACCACACGCACACCAAUGGGCACGCUUUCCCGGAUGAUUUGGUGCUGGACAUCCGCGCUGCGUCGAGCGAGACAGCGCGCUCGCAGGAUGCCACUGCCCCGCUCGUAGGCCCGGCGCACAGUCAUGCGAGCGUGGGCGCGACGAGCACCUCGACGACAAGCAGCUCGGGUUCCGGCUUCAAGCGCGCGACGCGGAAGUUGAGCCUGACGGCCCCCUUGCGGAGCCUGGGGAGGAAGAAACACAAGGACGAGGGCCCGCCGAGCGCGUACGCCCGGUGA